AUGAAAAUAAAUGAUACCCCUGGUCACUGGACAUUGGAGCUGACGAUGGAAUCAUUAAAUAUACCGCCUGGCUACAUUUACACCGUUGUUGUUUUUGGGACACUUACAUAUGUAAUGAUUCUGUUUUGUAAUAUAUUAGUGAUUACAACAAUUGUCUUCACAAAGAGUUUGCAUUCGCCUAUGUUCAUCUUGCUGUUAAACCUGCCUGUACUGGACGUAAUGGGAGCCACUGCUCUUUUCCCUCAGCUGUUACACAGUAUUGUGUCAAAGGACCGCUCUAUUUCCUACCCUGGGUGUUUUCUCCAGGCUCUGUUGAUUCACAUCUAUGGUUCAGGGAACUUCUUAUUCUUAACUGCGAUGGCUUACGACAGAUAUGUUGCUAUAUGCUUGCCUCUUAGGUACCACUCUCUGAUGACGUCAAAUAUUUUGACGAGAAUCAUCGUUGUUGUUUGGUUCGGUGUCAUCUUUAUUAUUACAGUGGCAUUGGGUACUACUACAGAGUUCAAACUAUGUAGGAAUAAUAUAGUAGAUAUAUUCUGCAGCAAUCCCACUUUAGUGAAACUAGUCUGUGAAGACACCAGCGUCAAUAAAAACUAUGGCAUAUUCAAUAUCAUAUUAGUCCAAGCUGGACCAGUUAUCAUAGUAACAUACACAUACAUCCAGAUAUUGUUGACUUGUAUGAAGAAUAAGCAGCCAGAUGCAAGAGGCAAAGCUCUACAAACAUGUGGAACACAUCUGGUGGUUUUUUUAUUCUUUCAAUUCAUUUGUAUCAUCGCUUUGAUGGCUCACAGGUUUGAAAGAGUGUCCCCGAACAUCAGAAGGGCCCUGGGUGUAUCAGUAAUCGUAUUUCCCCCAGUACUCAAUCCACUUAUAUAUGGGUUAAACACAAAAGAACUUCAGAUAAACAUGAUUAAAAUCAUUAAAAGAGCAAGGGCAGCCCCCUUCCUGCAGCCCCCGUAA